GCCAUCCUCCUCCUGUGCAACCUCAGGCUGCAUCCAGUUUGUGCAUGCACGUCGACGUUCCAACAGGCGGCCAAGCGGAAGGUUUGAGGUACUGGAAGAACAGAGAGCAGCGGGAGCAGCAGCAGCAGCUGUGUGGACGCACUCCUGGAUUCGCUACCUGCUCACAUUGCAGCGCCUUUACAGACAACUUCCAAACAACACCCUCAUCAAGAGCACAAUCUGACACUUUUCAUCUCAUGAACCUCAACAAGGGGGAAUGAGCGAGCGCAUAAGAAGCCCAUAGUAUCCAGGAAAAGCUUCCAUUCCAACAAGUAGGCGGUAGUCGCAUUCUACGAUGGGCUCACGCGGUCCUCCACCUGGGCUGUCGAGCUUAGGUGCCUUCCAUCUACUAGCUGCUUCGUCAUCGUCGGAGCCGAGCUCCCAGACGCCCUCAAGUUGUCCACUAUCAGAAGCGGAUGUCGCUUCUACUGUAGACGCAUCAAUUGCGAAAACGCAUGUUCUGCGCGGCUCACAAGCAAAGAUUUGCUACUCGGUAGGCACGCUGCUCGCCUUGUCCACUUCCAAGCUCGUAUGCAAACCAGAGAAGCUCCCUGCGUUGAAGGCAUGGUAUGGGGAGGAAGAUGCAAAGGCGUAUCGAGCAAAGGCGCAUAGUGUCAGUCAGGGACCGGACCUCGAACGAAACAAUGGCAACCGUCGAGGAGAUGGGGCCAGGGAAAGCCACCGCAGAAGAGAUCAGCAACCCAUUGAAGACGAGGAAGGGCAUAGCUACGGGAGAUAUGAUUCGCGCAAGAACGUUACCUCCUCUGGCAAGAAUCCAUUCGGGCAAAUCUCGGCUAGCGGUACGUUCAGGCCUGCUGGUGGGCCUGACAGUCCUUCCGAGAAGCAAUUUCGCAUGGGCAGCGAGCGCAUCAUGCCCUCGAAUCGCGGGCGGAUCGGACUCGGCGUCAACGACCAGCAGCGACGCGAUCCCGUGACCGGGCGGCGCAUCCCUGGCGCUGGUAUAGAUGAAGGAGAUGAUGAGGAUAGUGGGGCGGGCGAUGCUCUGGAUCGGCGGUCCAACAACGUGGGCGUUCGGUCCGGCUACGCAGACACUGCUGCGGACUGGCGCAGACCAGGCCAAGCAUCUGCUCUACGUGAUGGCAUGCGCUAUGCCCGCGACGGAGGAGGAGUGGGAGGCAAUACACGCGACAGGAAUGAGGGAAGCGAACGCAGACGAGCGCCUGCGUGGAUGGAGGAGAUCAGGGGUGCUUCUUCGUCACGCCAGCCAGCGUGGAUGGGUGGUGAUGACGAUGAUGAACAGCCUCUUUCCAGACGUGCUCCGCAACGACGAGACAGACAAACAAGAGAGGAGGAGGUAUUCGAUCUCCCACCCGUUACCGGCAACCACGUAGACAGCAUCCAGGCGUUCAAGGCGCAGAUGAAGGAGAAGGAGCGACUGGAGAGGGAGGCUAAGGCUGGUGCCAAGAAGGCGACAAGACCACCACCGGGGCUCGGAGCACCCGCAGACCUUGCCACCAGCGCCGUGCCUACGUCGCUACUAUCGCCGACGAAAUCAGCCUCACCUCUGGCUACCAAGGAACAAGGCGAUGACUCGUUCGGAGCAACUGCAGCGGCGGCAUCGUCAAGCCCGGCUUCUCCUUCACGGGCAAGAAACGCUCCCCCACCCGGAUUGGGAGGCAGCUCUGCGAACGAAACAUCCGCAGCCAAUCCCAUCACAGAAGGAGCCCCUCAGUUGCAACUGCAACAGCAAGGCGGUCGUUCCUCUCGCUUUGCACGCUUCUUCGAUUCCAAGGCUCGCGACCCACAGAGCGCAGCACUUGUCGCGCAGCAGAAAGCUAUGGAAGGGGCCGCAGCAGGAGCAGGCGGCGGAGCUUCCGGAGCGACCAACAGCUCCUCCACGAAUGGGCAGCUUGCUGCCGGAGCCGGGGCCGGGGUUGACCUGUCCUCCCUCUUUGGAGGGGCUUCGCUAUCAGGCGGUGGAGACGCGACGGAAUCGGUGGCCCUCAAGCAAGAGUCACAAGCACAAAGCGCUGAACAAGCCAGCAUGCAAAAGCUGCUUGCGAUGCUUCAAUCGGGCAUUGCGCCCAGUGCUUUGUCGCCCGGAGAGCAGCAACAGCAGCAGGCGCGACCAGAACCGCACGAUCAAGUGAGGCACAUGGUUCCCUCGCCAAUGAUGAGCCAAAGCGAGAUGGGCGGCACAGGCGGACCACCACGGUCAGCCGACCUGCAGGUCCUCCUCGGAGGUGGACAGCCGCCUCAGCGUUCCCCUCCGCACGCGCACCUGGGCCAGAGAAGCUCCCACAUUGUGGGCCAACUUCAGCAGCAGGAUGGCCACGCUGCCCACCUGCACCAGCACCAGCACAUGAGCUUGUCAGGAGUGCCUCCGCCCGGAAGCUCGCCUCCACGCCCUUUUGCGGGACACCCCGGCAUGGCGCCUGGCAUGCCACCGCUGCCACCUUUCAUGACUGGUCCGCCGUCCCAGCAGCAGCAACAGCAAGUACGGCUGCCGCCCGCAUUCGCCGCGCUUCCCAGUGCGGGCAUGCCGACCUCGCCUGUCGCGCCACCUGAGCUGCACGGACACCCAGAAGCCCAGGGCAGUGCUGCCGGCGAGCGCAGCAGCUCUCGUGGCGGCAACGGUGUGGGUGGAGGAGGCCUGCCUCCUCUGGUCGGCCUGCCGCCUCAUCUCCAGCAGCAGCUGUACGGCCUUCCGCCAUACGUCCAGCACCAGGUUCUCUCCGCUCAACAACAACAACUACAACAACAGCAACGCGUCGGGCCCUCUGGGCUACCCCUUCAUGAGUCUGCACGGCACAUUGGCGGCGGGGAGCGGCGCUCUGCCGGAUCGCAGCCGCAGCAGCAGACUUCUUCUGAUAGCAACAAUGCUUUGCCGCCUUCGCUAUCGCCGAUUCUUGCUCAGCUGCGUGAACAGUCGCCAGGGGCUGCGCAGGGCGGACAACAGCGUGCCGGCACCAUGCAGCCCCUGCCUCCCGGUUUCACGCACCAGCAUCACCUGCCGCCGCAUCAUCACCAGCACGGUGGGGGCGGCGGCCAUCCGGGCUUGCCGCUAGGGCUUAGCCCCGGAUCACAAGGUAUUGGCGGCGGGGGAGGCACUGGUGACGGUGUUGGUAGUUCCUCGGUAGGCGCCCCGGCCAGCUUGUAUCUGCAAGCGAUGUUGCAGCAGCAGUACGGAGGUGCUGGGUACAGAGGCGGCAGUGGUGAUGCACCUUCGCAUCAGCAGCAGCAGGUGCCGUAUCAGGCGUACGAGCACGGCAUGCAGCACCAGCACCACCAGCAGCGCAUGGCGCCUCCGCCGCUUGGGAUGGACCUCCCUCCUGGAAUGACGGGUGCGAACAUAAUGGCUUUGCUCAAAGGAGGCGGAGGAGGAGAAGGAGAAGGGAUGGGAGGUGCGCAGUGAGCUGGUACAUAGGAGGAGAAAGAGGGCAGUUGGGAGAAGGAGAGGAGAGAGCCAAAGUAGCGGUCGUAGGAUCGGCGCUUGUCGGUCUUCGGUUUGAAAUUCGGUUGUAGCGUAGUGUAUCGCUCUCAGCAUUGCAAAGUA